ACAUACAUAUAUUUUCCUUCACACAUUCAUAUAUUUUCACUCACACAUUCAUAUAUUUUUAAAUAUGUAUGUAAGAGGAAAAUAUAUGUGUGUGUGAGAAGAAUAUAUGUGUGUGUGAGAAGAAUAUAUGUGUGUGUGAGAGGAAUAUAUGUGUGUGUGAGACAAAGUAUACAUGAAACGGAAGGACAAUAGUGGAAACGGAAGGCAGGCCAUUUUAUCGCGCUGUGAUUGGCUGAGAAGUUGGCGCGAGGUCAUGUACAGGUCAUGAUUAACAUGGAAGGGAGAGAGGAGGCCCGUGCACUGCAGCAAGCCAUUGGGGUAUUAAGAACUAUUUUAUCAUCAUCUGAAACAGUCACAUCAUUGUCCUCGUCCCUUGAGCAGCGGAGGACAAGCUCAUCAGGACCUAACGUUUCUCACAGCACGGCGGAAAGUGAGAUGAGAGAACUUUUCAGACCUCGAAACUCCCAAGUCGCUCCCGCAGCCAGAGCAGCUAACGUUAGCGCUACACAAGGACACACUGGAGGAUUGCGGCAGUCUUUACGAUAUGAGACACAGCAACACUUUGGCAACUGGGGCUCCAGGAAAAGGAAAAGGGCCAAAACACAUUAUCACGAUACUUUUAACAAAGAUGUCAUCCUUCUUCCAAAACCAUUGAGCAGUGCUGUCGUCAGGCAUUGCACAAAGCAACAGUUACAUGAACAGGGACAGAGCACUGUCUGUCACUGAACAAAUAGGGGAUGCCUUUGGAGAAAUUCUCUUUGUAAGCUUGGAGUUUCUGAUGGCAUGUGGCAACAGACUGACUUCACCUAAACUGCGUGCCGGACAGAAGUUGGAUGCAAAUCUCAUACAUAAAAUAUAUAGAUCAAAAGCCCUAUACAUCAGACCAUCAAAGCCAAUUCUGGAUGAUAUUGCAGGCUAUAGCAGUGGCGACAACAAUUGUGAGGAAAUCACUGGUUCAGCAAGGCAGCUACGCUCCUCAUCUCUACCACAAGAUAGACCCUCAUAUGCAUCUUCAGAGAACUUCACCAGUCCAAUGACUGUGUCCCCACCAAACUGUGCUUCUGGAGUUCAACCUUUACCCUCUUCACUUGGGUGUGGAGGGAUAUUUACUCAAACUUCUUCUUUGACCUCCCAAAGCAGUAUAUCUCCCAACCGCAGCAGCAUUUCAGCAUUAAUUAUUCUAAAUACACAUUUGUUGCAUCUUUGUUAAAACAAUAAGGUGCUAAUAUCUCCUUUCACACACAUGUAUCUUCACUCUCACACACAUAUAAAUCAAUGUACUCACAUACAUAUUUUGUCACUUUCACAUAUGUACAUACUUGACACUCAUAUGUGCAUGUAUUUUUUCUCAAUGAAGUAUCCAGUUUUUCACUGACGGGAAGUUCUUUCUUAAACAGGAAGUCACUUUCAAACCAGGAAGUAGAUGUGCAACAUGAUUUCAGCUUAUAACCUUAAGUUAAAUAGGAGAAAAAAUAGAAUGACCCUAUUCAAGGUUAUCACGUUUUCUUGUCUAGUGCAGUUUUCCUUUGUGGGAGUAAGUAGCAAUGAAAAUGACAUUAGACUUUUUUUAAUAAUGUCUUAGAAUGUAUUGAACUAAUUCAAAGAGAAGAUGGAGAUCAUUUUGUCCAAGAGAGGCUGUUUGGAGAACUUCGUGAUCACCUCCAAACGUUAUCUGGAUUUCUGACAAUCUCAAGAUUUACUGAAGAUUCAAGAAAUCGAGAAGCAGUCAACACAUUACGGUCCUUGUAUGGAUGUCUUCACUUUUUGCUGACUACUUAUGAAACCAGACAAAGAACCAGGUCUGAGAACAGUUAUGUCCUGUUGCCUCCACUUGUCAUGACUGGACAUCAAGGCAGACCACAAUACAGUAUUUCUGUAGAGCAAAUCUCUCAUUUAGUAUCUCUUGGAAUGAACUGGCAGAGCAUUGCAACAUCCUUAGGGGUAAGCUGUCGGACUCUCUACAGGCACAGACACCGGCUCGGCAUUCAACCAUUGACAUAUGCAACAUUGUCAAAUGACAACCUAAACAGAGUUGUUGUUGAAAUUCUUCAGUCUACCACAAAUGCAGGUGAACGAUACGUGCAUGGGAGCUUGAGGUCACGUGGGUUACGCAUUCAAAGGUGGCGCGUUAGACAGAGUCUGCAAGAAAUCGACCCCAUUGGACGGUCCUUCAGAAGACGCCAUGCAAUACGUCGACGAAUCUACAGUGUUCCAACCCCCAAUCAACUUUGGCACAUAGAUGGAAACCACAAACUUGUGAGGUGGAGGAUGGUGUUCCAUGGCUGUGUUGAUGGUUUCAGUCGAACCAUUAUCUACCUUGCUUGUCUGGACAACAACAGAGCUUCUAGUGUUUUGUCACUUUUCAUUGCUGGUGUUCAGAACUUUGGACUACCAUCUAGGGUCAGAUGUGAUCAUGGACUGGAAAACACUGGUGUUGCCCGUUUCAUGCUGUACAGGAGAGGACUUAACAGACAUAGUGUUAUCACUGGCAGGUCAGUGCAUAACCAAAGGAUUGAGAGAUUAUGGGCAGAGUUAAAUCGAGUAGUGUCCUUUCAUUUUGUUAAUCUUUUCAAUUUUAUGGAGGAAAAUGGUGUGUUAGAUUCACUUAAUGAGCUCCAUUUAUUUUGCCUUCAUUAUAUUUAUUUGCCACGAAUUCAAAGGGCUGCCACUGAAUUUCAGAACCAGUGGAAUAACCAUGGUCUUUCAACACAAGGGGGGCAAACUCCUCUUCAGCUGUGGCAAAGAGGCAUAGUCAACAAUGCAGGAGUGCAUAACCCAAGUAUGAAUGGUAUUUGUGAAACAGAGAGUGGCUUUGGUGUUGAUGAUAACAUAUCACACUCAGAGUUGCAGACAAACAAUGUUGUUGUUGUUCCAUCAAUUAACAUUACCAUCAGUAACACAACAAUAGACACACUUCAGCAGACUUUCAAUCCAUUUGAAGAUGAUGGAAAUCAUGGUAUUGAUUUGUUCUGCAACCUUGUGCAUUUUCUUGAAGAAAGGCAUUCCUAAAAUCUUACCCAUAUUGAAUACAAAGAAAGACUUAACUGAUAUGUAUGAUUUGACAAAUAGACUAAGACAGGGGUCUCAAAAUGAUAGCCAUUGCCAUUUCCCAUAAAAUGAUAAAGAUAUAUUAUAAUUUGGCCCACAAUCAAUCCAAAUUACAGCUUCAUAUACAAUUAAAAUAAAAACACGAUUCUAUGUUGUUUGAUGCAAAAGAAUCAGGAAAGGUCAAAAGUGCCUGCAAAUGUGUGCAAACGGUUAACAAUAAGAGAGCAAGUGUCUGGCCUUCAUUCGUUGUUGAACUUCAAAAAUGAUUUCAUAUGAUAAUAUAAAAUAAAUGUAAACUGAUGUUAUUUUGUGUUGGUUAGUAAUGUUAAUAUUUUCAAAAUAUUGUGCUUUCCUGUUGCACUUGAAUGUUGAAGUGGCCCUUCUGUGAGGGGUCAUGUGUAACGCAAAGAAAAAUAAAGAACCCACUGCCAAACACAGGGAUAGUAUAGCAUUACACUUGCAUUUUCCGUUUUAAGUUCAUGGUUGCAUUUUUCUUCCAUUUUGUGGAUAUUUAUAGUGUAGAGAAUGUUCAUACCAUUUUCAAUGUGAUUCUGUGUGCUUAAAGCACCACAUUUACAUUGUUGAGCUUUGUUUCCUUACUUUAAAUGUUCAAUGAAAUUGUAACCAAACAAAUGUGUGAAACCAAAUUUUAUUGAAGGUUUUAAAGAACUCAAUAAAUCGACUGAACUGUUA